UGAUCGGCAAUUUCUCAUUUCGUUCAGCACACGGUGUGUUGUGUUCACAAAGAGAACGUAGCCUACGUUGCCGAGAAGUUUUUACGCACCCCCAACGUGUUUUACUGCGUCAUACGCGUGUGUUGUUCGGGCCCGAGUGUGACACGAUUUCCGAAAUUUUGCCCAAAAAUCGCCGACGCUCUGUUAUUGUAAAGUUAAAUUCUGUGAAUUAAUCUAGGAUUUUAAUAUUUAAGUGCGUCUUAAUACCAACGCGGGGCUAUCGCAAAACUGAACUUUUCGAACUCGUUAUCACAUGUACUGACGUAGCAAAUAUUGAAAAUGACUUGUUGAACUGUUGUGUGUUCUUUUAGUAGUUUGCCAUCUCACGUGCGCGUUCUCUUAGUAUUGCGUCGCAAAAUUUAUAUUUAGCGAAAAGGCUGGCCAGUGCGAUUCCCGAAUUUAUCGAGAGGAACAAUUAUAUAAUAAUCGCGGGUAAGUGGCUGUGAUAUUGAGGAAGAUGAACUUAAAUAUAAUGGAACCCGUCGCCGAAAUUGACGGUUUCGAACCUCAAACUCGCGCUCGGUCCAACACGUGGCCCUUGCCGCGUCCAGAAAAUUACGUCGAGCCCGGUGAGGAAUCGGGCAACAAGUGCGCCACUACGGGCGGCUUACCCGUUCCUGCUCCAGCGUCCAUCCCCGCUAAGAAGAACUCGAGCCGUCGCAAUGCUUGGGGCAAUCUCAGCUACGCGGAUCUAAUCACACAAGCUAUCACUUCAUCCUCGGAAAAAAGGCUCACACUUUCCCAGAUUUACGAAUGGAUGGUUCAGAACGUCCCGUACUUCAAGGACAAGGGAGACAGCAAUAGCUCGGCCGGUUGGAAGGUAAGGGCGUUGUGAUGUAUCCACAGCUUCACUUCACUUCAGUUCAGGUAGGACUGUUUCGCUAAUCCUCAUUUGUUAUUAAACGCUCCCUUAAAGAUAG